AUGGAUAUCAACGUUGACAAGUACCCUUCGAAGAGUCACGCCAAACGCGUCGCGGAGAAGCUCAAGGCUGCGGGGCAUGGCUCGAGUGGUAUCAUCUUCGUUGAGGGUCAGAAGGAACACAUCAUUGACGAUAGUGACGAGCCGUUUCACUUCCGCCAACGACGCAACUUCCUCUAUCUCUCCGGCUGUCUCGAGGCCGAGUGCUCUGUUGCAUACAAUAUUGAGAAAGAUGAGCUCACCCUGUUCAUUCCUCCAGUCGACCCGGCCUCGGUUAUGUGGUCAGGCCUCCCUCUCGAGCCCGCCGAGGCCUUGAAGCAGUUCGACGUCGACGCUGUGCUCCUCAACACUGAAAUAAACAACUACCUCGCACAAUGUGGGGGUGAAAAAGUUUUUACAAUCGCCGACAGAGUCUGCCCAGAAGUCUCCUUUUCGUUUUUCAAGCAACAUGAUAACUCUGCCUUGAAAACUGCUAUCGAGUCCUGCCGUGUGGUCAAGGAUGAGUAUGAGAUUGGUCUUCUUCGACGUGCAAACGAGGUCUCAAGCAAGGCCCACAUCGAGGUGAUGAAGGCUGCCACCAAGUCGACCAACGAAAGAGAGCUAUAUGCUACCCUUAAUUAUGUAUGCAUGUCAAAUGGCUGCUCAGACCAGUCCUAUCACCCAAUUCUUGCCUGCGGCCCCAACGCCGCCACCCUUCAUUACACCAAGAAUAACGGUGACUUGACCAACCCAGCCACUGGUACUAAAGAUCAACUUCUUCUCAUCGACGCCGGAUGCCAGUACAAAGCAUAUUGCGCAGACAUCACCCGUGCAUUCCCCCUCUCGGGAAAAUUCUCACCUGAGGCCCGCCAGAUCUACGACAUCGCCCUGGAGAUGCAGAAAGUUGCCUUUAGUAUGAUCAAGCCUGAUGUUCUGUUCGAUGACAUGCAUGCCAUGGUUCAUCGAGUUGCCAUUAAGGGGUUGCUCAAGAUUGGUAUCCUCACCGGUUCCGAGGAUGAGAUCUUCGAGAAGGGAAUUAGCACUGCUUUCUUCCCUCAUGGUCUAGGCCACCAUCUCGGCAUGGAUACUCAUGAUGUUGGUGGUAACCCUAACCCAGCAGACCCUAACCGCAUGUUUAAGUAUCUGCGCCUCCGAGGCACCGUCCCAGAGGGAUCAGUUAUCACCAUCGAGCCCGGUGUCUACUUCUGCCGUUACAUCAUUGAGCCAUUCCUCACUAACCCAGAGACUAGCAAGUACAUCAACACCGACGUGCUUGACAAAUACUGGACUGUCGGAGGCGUACGUAUCGAGGACAAUGUUGUCGUCCGAGCUAAUGGCUUCGAGAAUCUGACCACCGUGCCAAAGGAGCCAGAGGAGGUUGAACUUAUUGUCCAAGAAGGUGCUAAGUAA